AUGUCGACAGCGGCCCCAGGUGCAGAUCCAGUUCAAGCAUCUUCCUCAGGAAAGAAGAAGAGCAACAAGAAGAAGAAGAACGCAAAUAAACCCAAGGUGCACGCAGAUACAGAUCAGGGGACGGAUCAGCUUGGAAAGCAGGAUGGAGCUGAGGAGCCCGAGACCCCGGUCCAGGUCGAUACAGAAGCAAAAGAAGACGAAGACGAUGUCGAUACCACACUCAACGGUCACACAGAGCCACAAGACGACAACGGUCAUGCCAACCCACCAAUAGACACUGCGGCAGACGACGACAUCGAGCCCAGCCCAGAAACAACCGCCAAACUCGAUGCGCUUACCAGGGAGAGGGAGGAGCUAAAAGCCGAGGUCAGACAGCUCAGGCAACAGCUAGAGAGCAUCCGGGGAUCACCGGACGAAACGGUCGAACAAUUAAAAUCGGAGCUCGAGGAGGCCAACUCGGCAAAAGAGCAGGCGGAAGAACAGUACCAAGGCCUCCUCGAGCGGGUGAAUCAAUUGAAGACCACACUCGGCGACCGGCUGAAGCGGGACCGCGCCGAGCUGGAAGAAGCGAAGGAGCGCAUCGACGAUUUGGAAUCGCAAAACGAACAGCUGCAAAACAGCACCAGGACGCAACAGGACGAGAUCACCAAGCUGAAGGAAGAGCUGCAGGACGCGUCGAGGGAGGCUACAAGCCUCCGCAGCCGCAGCAACCUCUCGCAGCAAAACUGGGUGAAGGAAAGGGAUGAACUCGCCAAGCUGGUCGUUCACCUCAAGGAGGAGGUGGAGACGACCACCAACGCGAUGAGCGAGUGGGAAGUCAUCGCCAUGGAAGAGCGGUCCGUCAAGGAGAGCCUGCUGGAGAAGGUGUCGGAGUUGGAAGACCAGCUGACGAACCUGCGCGAGGCUUACGAGAAUGCGGUCGCCGACCGGGACAGCCACUCAAGGUCGGUCGACAGCCUACAAAAAGCACUCGGCGAGAUCCAGGAGGCCAGGAAGAAGGAGCUACGCGAUGUGGUUGAGACGUCUGAGGAGCAGAUUCAGACCCUGAAAAAGCUGGUGCAGGAAGCCGAUGCCAGGGCGGCCGAGGCCGAAGCUGCGAGGGGGAAUCUCACCAAGGAGCUGGAGCGGACCGCGCCGUUUGAGAAGGAAGUCAAGGAGAAGAACCUACUCAUUGGCAAACUACGACACGAGGCCAUUGUGCUCAACGACCAUCUUACCAAGGCACUGCGGUACUUGAAAAAGACAAAGCCGGAGGAUAACGUGGACAGGCAUAUCGUCACGAACUACCUCAUCCACUUCCUCACCCUCGACCGCUCCGACCCCAAGCGCUUCCAGAUCCUCCAAGUCAUGGCCGGCUACCUGAACUGGACGGACGAGCAGCGCGAGCAAACCGGCCUCGCGCGCCCGGGCACCUCGGCAUCCGGGGGCCUGCGCAUCCCGUCCUCUCCCUUCCACCGCACCCCCAGCACCCCGUCCCUGAGCGCCGACUUCUUCAACGACACUGCCUCCACCGCCUCCGCCGCCAACAAGGAGUCGCUGGCCGAGCUGUGGACGGGAUUCCUCGAGCGCCAGGCGCAAGAGGCGCUCAGCCCUCUGGAUUUUGAGGGUCCCGGUCGCGGAGCGGAGAGGAAAGGCAGCACGGCCAGUUCGGCUCCGAGGCCGGAAACCAGAGGGGGUUAG